AUCGGAAUCUCGGGUUCCAAUCCCUAAAACCCUCGGUUCCCACUUCGUGGCUCACGCCAUGGCGGAGCGUUUCGGUGUUCCCAGGCGGAGCUAAGAACCCGAAACCCUGCCGGUUCCUUCUUCCCCUUGAUAUACGAAGAAAGGGAUUCGAAAUCGAUUGAUGGCGUCCCCGAGAGAUUCAGGCGCAGCGCAGCUCCCACCGGCGGCUUCUUCUCCUCCUCCGCUCCACGCCAUGGACGCCGACGAGGAAGACGACAACGUGAAGCAACUUAAGGAGUGCGCCACCCUCUACUUGUCCCUUCAGGAGUGCCUCGCCGAGACCAACAGGAAUUGGAAGUCCUGCCAAUCCUAUGUUCAAGCAUUAAAAGCAUGCCAUACAAGAAGAAACCCUAGUGAGCAGAAGUGAAGACUAGCUAUAGUGAAUAACCCAGCUGCAGCCUCACAACAUCAUGAGCACUCGCAAAUAUGAACAUACAACUGACUUAUAAUAAGCUCUAUUCUUCUGACUCGCAGCAGAUUUCUCUGUGAAUUUUUGUUUCAAGGACUUCACCACAUGAAACACUACUGAGUUGUUUGCUUGUUUCAUGAGUUCUCAUUAGCAAAGGGAAAACCAUUUGCACACUUUGAUUGCAACGGAAAUGAGACUUGCAUAAUUUGCUUCACUUGGCUAUAUUGAAGUUGACAAUGAAAAGUGAAAUGACAAUAAAUCGGUUGUCACCACCCCACUUAUUUGUGAA